GGUUUGUGUUUGAAUUUCAUGGCGGUAAAGAAAGACGUAAGAGAUGCUGAAAUUUAAGUUCGGAAACCGCAGUGCUGCGGACCUCUUGUCUCCAGAUCCUAUUCCAAACAGGGCUGCACGACUUAACAACUUCUUCCAGGGAAAAUCGUCAUGCCAGUUUCCUUUCCAACAACAAUUAUCCACUCUAAGCCGAGAAGGACUUCUAGAUGCUUUGUUUGUCCUGUUUGAAGAAUGCAACAAUCCUUCAUUAAUGAGGAUUAAACAUGUAUCUAACUUUGUCAAAAAGUAUUCAGACACUAUUUCUGAGCUACGGGAGCUGCAUCCCAGCGUAAAGGACUUUGAACUGAAGAAUGUCAUUGGACGAGGCCAUUUCGCAGAUGUGCAUGUAGUCAAGGAGAAACUCACUGGGGACAUCUUUGCUAUGAAAGUUAUGAAGAAGAAAUCCCUUCUAGCACAGGAGCAGGUUUCCUUUUUUGAGGAAGAGCGAAGCAUACUGUGUAACCACGUCAGCCCCUGGAUCCCUCAAUUACAAUAUGCCUUUCAAGACAAAGAUAAUCUGUAUCUGGUUAUGCAGUAUCUGCCUGGAGGAGACCUGUUUUCCUUAAUGAAUCGUUAUGAUGAACAAUUUGAUGAAAGCAUGUCCCAGUUUUACCUGGCAGAGCUUAUUCUUGCAGUUCACAAUGUCCAUCAGAUGGGUUAUGUACACAGGGACAUAAAGCCAGAAAACAUUCUUAUCGAUCGUACUGGACAUAUUAAACUUGUGGAUUUUGGAUCAGCUGCAAGACUGACUUCAAAUAAAACAGUCAAUGGGCGGCUUCCUGUUGGGACCCCAGACUAUAUGGCUCCUGAGGUUCUUAUGGUGAUAAAUGGAGAUGGAAAGGCUACAUAUGGACCAGAAUGUGACUGGUGGUCUAUUGGUGUUAUUGCAUAUGAAAUGAUGUAUGGAAAAUCUCCAUUCACAGAAGGGACAUCCACAAAGACUUUCAAUAACAUAAUGAACUUCCAGCGGUUCCUGAAGUUCCCAGAUGAGCCAAAGAUCAGCAAAACAUUUCUUGAUCUGAUCCAAAGCUUACUGUGUGGCCAAAAGGAGAGACUGAAAUAUGAGGAUCUCUGCUGUCAUCCAUUUUUCUCAAACACGGACUGGAGCAAUAUUCGGAAUACUCCUCCUCCGUUCGUUCCUACCUUAAAAUCUGAAGAUGACACCUCAAAUUUUGAUGAACCGGAGAAGAAUUUGCGGGUUUUACCCUCUUCAUGCCAGUUGAGUUCCACAGGAUUCUCCGGCGAAGAUUUGCCGUUUGUGGGCUUUUCGUUUACAAGGGCUUUGAGCGCGUUCAGCAAAUCCGAGUCUAUUGUUUCUGGCUUGGAAUCUCCAGCCAAGUUGAGCUCCAUGGAGAAGAAGUUAUUUCACAAGAGCAAAGAGCUGCAGGACACACAGGACAAAUGUCAUAAGAUGGAGCAAGAAAUGACUCGACUGCACCGCAGAGUUUCUGAGGUGGAAGCUGUGCUCAGUCAAAAAGAAGUUGAAUUAAAAGCUUCAGAAACCCAGCGAUCUCUCUUGGAGCAGGAUCUUGCCACUUACAUCACAGAAUGCAGCAGUUUAAAGCGCAGCCUAGAACAGGCCCGAAUGGAAGUUUCCCAGGAGGAUGACAAGGCAUUGCAGCUACUUCAUGAUAUCAGAGAGCAGAGCCGGAAGCUUCAGGAUAUUAAGGAACAGGAAUUCCAAGCUCAAUUAGAAGAGAUGAAGCUGAUGAUGCACCAGCUGGAAGAAGAUCUGUCAGCUGCUCGCAGACGUAGUGACCUAUAUGAAGCUGAGCUGCGGGAGUCUCGAUUAGCUGCAGAAGAAUUCAAACGGAAAGCAACAGAGUGUCAGCAGAGACUCCAGAAGGCUAAAGACUAUGGCAAAGCUGAAGUUGGGGAACUUCAUUCAAAACUUGAGAAGAUCAAUGCAGAGCAGCAGAACAAAAUUCUGGACCUGCAGGAGAAACUUUCAAAGGCUGUGAAAGCCAGUUCUGAAGCUACUGAACUGCUGCAAAAUAUUCGCCAAGCAAAAGAGAGAGCCGAAAAAGAACUGGAGAAACUAAAGAACCGGGAAGACUCGAAUGAUGGAAUGAAGAAAAAAUUGUUUGAGGCUGAAGUACGUCCACAAACUGCAAGCCCCUCAAAAGAAAGGCGGCAUUCGUUAGAAAACCAAGUGAGGAGGCUGGAGAACGUAGAGCGCAGAGAAAACAAAUUAAAGGAAGAAAUUCAGAUCAAAUCGCAGCAAAUUCAGCAGAUGGCUGAAAAAAUCAUGGAACUUGAAGAAAAAUACAGAGAGGCCCAGAUUGGAGCGCAACACUUAGACGCUCACCUAAAACAGAAUGAGCAAGUCUAUGAAGAGAAAGUCAGAUGUCUUGAAGCACAGAUGAAAAAUGAUCUGUCUGACAAGGAAUCACUUGAAUCCCUCCGCUUGAAAAAUGAAGAAGAAAUUUGUGAAAAAAACAGAAUAUUAAGUGAACAGAAAGCAAUGAUUAAUGCUUUGGAAUCAAAGAUCAAGUCUCUGGAACAAAGAUUAGCAGAACUGUCAGAGGCAAACAAACUGGCUGCAAAUAGUAGUCUUUUUACGCAGAGGAACAUGAAAGCUCAAGAAGAAAUGAUUUCAGAACUCAGGCAACAAAAAUUUUACUUGGAAACCCAAGCUGGGAAAACAGAGGCACAGAAUCAGAAGCUUGAAGAACAGCUAGAAAGAAUCACUAACCAGGAGCACACCGACAAGAACCGUCUUCUGGAACUGGAGACUAGAUUGCGAGAGAUCAGUCUAGAGCACGAGGAACAAAAGCUCGAGCUGAAAAGGCAGGUAACAGAACUCCAGCUGUCAUUACAAGAGAGGGAGUCCCAGAUCUCCACCUUUCAGUCAGCCCGAUCUGCAUUGGAGAGUCAACUGCACCGAGCAAAGACCGAACUCGAGGAAACUACAGCAGAGGCUGAGGAAGAGAUCCAGGCGUUAAGGUCGCACCGAGAUGAUAUCCAACGUAAAUUUGAUACCUUGCGUGACAGUUGUACAGUUCUUACUGACUUGGAAGAUCAGUUGAAUCGCAUGAGCGAAGAAAACGCAGAACUGAACAAUCAAAAUUUCUAUUUGACCAAGCAGCUAAAUGAUGUGCAGGGAGCGACUGAGGAAAUGGUGCAGUUCCGAAGCGAAGUGGAUCAUCUAAGACGGGAGAUCACAGAGAGGGAGAUGCAGCUAACAAGCCAGAAACAGACGAUGGAGGCUCUGAAAACAACAUGCACAAUGUUAGAGGAGCAGGUGAUGGAUCUUGAGGCAUUAAACGAUGAGCUGCUUGAAAAGGAACGCCAGUGGGAGAGUUGGAGAAGCUCAUUAGAGGAUGAGAAGACCCAGUUUGAAUGUAGGCUUCGAGAGGUACAGAGGCUAUUAGAUACAGAAAAACAGAGCAGGGCGCGAGCAGAUCAACGUAGUACAGAGUCUCGCCAGAUGGUGGAGCUGGCUGUUAAAGAGCACAAAGCUGAGAUUUUAGCUCUACAACAAGCACUAAAAGAUCAAAAACUCAAGACUGAAAGUCUUUCUGAUAAGCUAAAUGAUUUGGAAAAGAAACACACCAUGCUGGAAAUGAACGCACGCAGCUUACAGCAAAAACUGGAGACCGAACGAGAGCUGAAACAACGCCUUUUAGAAGAGCAGGCUAAGCUACAACAGCAGAUGGACCUGCAGAAGAAUCACAUCUUCCGUUUGACCCAAGGGCUUCAAGAGGCACUAGAUCAAGCGGACCUGCUAAAAACUGAGAGGAGUGAUUUGGAAUAUCAGUUGGAGAACAUGCAGGCUCUUUAUUCUCAUGAAAAAGUGAAGAUGGAAGGAACAAUAUCACAACAAACCAAACUCAUUGAUUUCUUACAAGCGAAAAUGGAUCAACCAUUAAAGAAAAAAAAGAGUUUGUUUGGCAGGCGCAGAGAUGACCCCACUCAGGCCUCACAGAUUCCUUUGCAGUAUAAUGAACUUAAAGUAGCCUUGGAAAAGGAGAAAGCACGGACAGCAGAACUAGAGGAUGUACUUCAGAAAACUCGGAUAGAACUGCGCUCUGCCAGAGAGGAAGCUGCACACUUAAAGGUGGCAGAUCAUCCCGUUCCUUCUACGCCCGGUACUGCAAGGCAGCAAAUAAUCAUGUCAGCGUUGGUUCGGUCUCCUGAGCAUCAGCCCAAUGCAGUCAGCUUGCUGGCUCCUCAGUCUAGCAGGAGAAAGGAGUCCUCUGCACCUGAAGAAUUCAGUCGUCGCCUUAAAGAAAGAAUGCAUCAUAAUAUUCCUCACAGAUUUAAUGUUGGGCUAACGAUGAGAGCAGCCAAAUGUUCCGUGUGUUUGGACACUGUGCAUUUUGGGCGUCAAGGGGCAAAAUGCAUAGAAUGUCAGGUCAUGUGUCACCCAAAGUGUUCCUCCUGCCUCCCAGCUACAUGUGGCCUCCCUGCAGAAUAUGCCACACAUUUCACCGAAGCCUUUUGUAGAGAGAAAAUGAAUUCACCAGGGAUGCAGCUGAAAGAACCAAGUGGUUCAGUGCGCCUGGAAGGCUGGAUGAAGAUUCCCAGGAACAAUAAACGUGGACAGCAGGGCUGGGACAGGAAGUACGUUGUCUUAGAAGGAUCUAAAAUAUUAAUAUUUGACUCUGAAUUAAAAGAAGGUGGCCAACGACCAGUUGAGGAGUUUGAGCUAUGUCUUCCUGAUGGUGAUGUGACGAUCCAUGGGGCUGUGGGUUCCACAGAACUUGUAAAUACUGCAAAAUCUGAUGUGCCAUAUGUCAUGAAAAUAGAGUCCCAUCCACACACCACUUGUUGGCCGGGACGCACUCUGUAUUUGCUGGCGCCCAGUUUUCCUGAUAAGCAGCGCUGGGUGAAUACACUGGAGUCCGUGGUGGCCGGAGGGAGGGUUUCCAGGGAAAAAGCUGAAGCCGAUGCGAAACUACUUGGAAAUUCCUUGCUGAAAUUGGAAGGGGAAGACCGUUUAGAUAUAAACUGCACUAUACCUCUCACAGAACAGAUCGUGUUGGUCGGUGCAGAGGAGGGAUUGUAUGCAUUGAAUGUCCUGAAGAAUUCUCUUACGCACAUCCCUGGGGUGGGUGCAGUAUUUCAGGUUCAUAUUGUCAAGGAACUAGACAAACUUCUUUUAAUAGCAGGAGAAGAAAGGGCUUUGUGUCUGAUUGAUGUGAAGAAGGUAAAGCAGUCUCUGGCUCAAUCCCAUCUGCCAGCGCAGCCGGAAAUCUCUCUCUCUGUUUUUGAAGCUGUUAAAGGAUGUCAUCUUUUUGCUGCAGGAAAAAUUGAGAAUGGAUUGUGCAUUUGUGCUGCCAUGCUAAAUAAAGUCGUGAUCCUUCGCUACAAUGAAAGCCUUGGCAAGUUUUGCAUACGAAAGGAAAUUGAGACAUCAGAGCCAUGCAGCUGCAUCUAUUUUACUGGCUAUAGCAUAAUUAUUGGGACAAAUAAAUUUUAUGAAAUUGAAAUGAAGCAGUACACUCUGGAAGAAUUUCUGGAUAAAAAUGACCACACCUUGGCCUCUGCAGUGUUCGCUUCUUCCUCCAACAGCUUCCCCAUUGCCAUAAUGCAGGUUAAUAGCACAGGACAGAGAGAAGAAUAUCUUCUUUGUUUCCAUGAAUUUGGAGUUUUUGUUGAUUCUUAUGGAAGACGAAGCCGCACCGAGGAUCUCAAAUGGAGCCGUUUGCCUCUGGCAUUUGCUUACAGAGAACCCUACUUGUUUGUGACCCAUUUUAAUUCCUUGGAAGUCAUUGAAAUUCAGGGACGUGCUGCUCUGGGGGCGCCAGCUCGGGCCCAUUUGGACAUUCCAAACCCACGGUACCUAGGACCAGCAAUAUCAUCUGGAGCUAUUUAUCUGGCAUCGGUUUACCAGGACAAACUUCGAGUCAUUUGCUGCAAGGGUAAUCUAGUGAAGGACUCUGCAAGUGAGCUUCACCGCGCUCCUUCCACAACUCGCAGCCCAAAUAAAAGAGGGCCUCCUUCCUAUAAUGACCACAUCACUAAGAGGAUAGCUUCAAGUCCCGUGCCAGCUGAGGUUCAAGGACUUGUGCGAGAACCUAGCACUCCACAUCGCUACCGUGAAGCCAGAACUGACCUGCGUAGGGACAAGUCUCCUGGAAGACCUUUGGAAAGGGAGAAGUCUCCAGGGAGGAUGCUAAGCACAAGAAGGGAGAGAUCACCUGGAAGGCUAUUUGAAGACAGCAGCCGGGGUCGUAUGCCUGCAGGAGGUGUGAGAACCCCACUUUCACAAGUCAACAAGGUUUGGGAUCAGUCUUCAGUAUAACUAAACAAUGCAAGCUCCGUUUGAAGAUGUAUGAAGAAAA